AAUAGCACUUCAAGUUGAAUGUGAACAAUAUUUGAGAUUUUUCUUAAAUUUUCUCCGCAUAUUUUUAACAAGACAUUCAGCUUCAAGGACGGAAUCAUCAUGACCGAUAGUUUCCACAUCAGUUUACGAGGCACUGAAUAUACAACUUCCUCCAAAUCCGUCGGAGAAUUCAUGGACAGACUUGUCCAAUGUGGACGAGCAGAUGUGAUUUCCCCAGGUCAUUAUUUUGUUGACAGAAACCCUACUGUUUUUCAUCAUGUUUUGGAUUAUGUGUCUGGGAGAAAAUUUCAUCUUCCCAAAGGAAUUUGUGCCAUCGAGGCGAGAGAAGAAAUGGAGUUCUGGAUGAUUCCCAUUGAAGCAAUCCCGGUGUGCUGUUACGAAAUACUUUACAAUGACAAUUUGUCUAGCUAUGAAGCAAUUGAAAAAAUGGAGAUUGGUUUGAUGCAUGGCGUUUCCCCUACAGAAAAAGAAAAAAUAAUCCCAAGAGCAAAGCUUGUAAAAUUAAGAGAUACUCUGAACAAAGCCUCGGUGGAUCCAAGCUCCAGUCUUCUUGGAAAGAUAUGGUUGACCUUUGAGGCUGUUGUUACAAUCCUAGCGAUUAUCUGCUUCAUCUUGAAUACAGAUAAAGACUACCGGGAGGAUAGAGGGAGCAUUCCAGCCAUAUCGGACAAUGAUACGUAUAACCAUGUCUUCAGUAACCCCAAACUCUCCAUGCUACUAACCAAGAAAAUUCCUACAGAGCGCGUGGUCCUAGAGGGUAUAUCUAAUGUGUUUCUUCUGCUUGAUCUGAUUUUACGAUUUAUCAUCACCCAUCAGAAGAAAACAUUCUUUUUGGUUUCAUCAAACAUUUUAGAAAUUAUUGCGAUUACGAUUUCAUUUUUCGUGAUAUAUAUGGAUAGACAUCCUGAGAUAAUUGUUCAAAACAGUUGGCUGGAUGAAAUCAUUAUAUGUGUUGGAUGUCUAUACUCUUUAAGAGUUUUCAAACUGUUACGCUUAGCAGAAACAACAGGUGAAAUGAAGAUUUUGAAGUUAUGUUUUCAAAACAGCUUGAAACUAAUAGUACUUCUUUUAAUGCUAUUCACAAUUUUCUCAGUCAUUUUUGGAUCGUCGAUGUUUUGGGCCGAGUUUCACAAUUCAGAAACAUUUCCCAAUAUGUUUGUCAGUAUUUGGUGGGCGGUUGUUACCAUAACGACCGUUGGAUACGGUGAUCACUAUCCGAAGGGUUCAUAUGGGUACUUGAUGGCUUCUCUGACCGCUGUAUUUGGUAUAUUAUUGAUAGCCAUGCCCAUCGCAUCUUUAUCCUCCAGUUUCAAUACUUAUUAUAGCUGUUACACGUAUAAAAAGAAAUAUACCGAAGCUAAGAAAAAGUCCAGAGAAAAUAUUUCUGAAAGUGCUUUUGAUAAGAGUUGAUAAAUUAUAACAUCAUCAACUGGUUUAGGUUUACCUGUAUGAUAAGUUCUCUUAUAAAACAUUAAUCAAAUAAUGGA